AUGUCAGCCGCGCCCCCGGGGCCCCGGUCCUGCUCCUCGGGCGCCCGGGGGCCGCCGGCGGCCGGCCGAGCCCCGGUGAAGGAGCAGAUCCGCGGCAUCGUGGAGGGGCUGGAGCUCGUCCUGGGGGACCUGAAGGACGUGGCCAAGGAGCUGCGAGAGGUGGUUCACCAGAUUGAUGCCUUGACUUCGGACCUGCAGCUGGAGGACGAGAUGACUGACAGCUCCCAGACCGACACGCUGAACAGCAGCUCCAGCGGCACGACGGGCUCCAGCCUGGAGAGGAUGAAGGCGCAGGUCCAGGCGCCUCCUCUCCUUGCGCCCCUGGCGCACCCCUCUGCCAUCCUCACCGUCCUGAGGAAACCCAACCCCCCGCCGCCCCCUCCGCGGCUGACACCCGUGCGGCGCGAGCCCCCAGCCCGCCAGGCGCCCGCCUUGCACCCCGCAAAGACCCACGGCCAUCUCGCUCAGAAUGGGGGCUCGCCCGGGAUGCCGCGCAGAACCCCGAAUGGAGACGCUCGGUGCCUCUCCGGCAGCCACGCCGACAGGAUGCCUGCACAGCCUCGAACCCACAGACCCGAGGAGGACAGGUGCCCCCAGGCCGGGCCUCGGGAGCGGGUGCGCUUCAGUGAGAACGUGCAGUACCACGGCUACUGUCCCGAGUGCGAGUCUCGCCACCCCAGGGGGAGUGGGGCGGCCCACGUGCAUGGUGAGCCGGGACCCCUCCAGACCCCGGGACCCCUCCCUCCCGCCCCCUACCCUCCUCCUCCUCCUCCCCCGCUGGAAAAUGGGGGAGCAGGGGCGAGCCACAGCCACCGCUUCCCCCCUCCCCGACCCCCAGCCGUGCCUCUGUCCACCGCACCAAAGCCACACAAGACCAUCUUGAGAAAAUCAACGACCACAACCGUGUGAUGGAUGCCAUCUUCAAAGUUUUUUUGGUUUGGUUUUGUUUUCAUUAUCUUCUAUACUAUAAACAUGAAAUCAUAAGCAAUGACCACUUCCUACUCAAGCAAUAAAGGUCCAACUAUCUUAAUCCGGAAUCCAACAAAGUGGCAUGGAAAUCACCUGGUAAGUAGGUAGCCCGUUGCUUAUGUCCUGGGUUUACAUGGUCUCCAGUGGUAUCUCAAAAAGCUGCAGCAUAACAUCAGAGUCCUAACCUAUUACUUUUGCAAUUGACUAUGACAAACGGUUACCUUCAGGUGUCAAAUAUUUUUUUUUAUUAUAAAAAGAGGAUUACAAAUAUUUUGGUUGGUUGAUAAAACCAGGAUGAUUCACUUUAUUCAUUCCUAACUCAUCUAUGCAUUUAUAACAUCUCAUACUCUUAACUUUGAAUGAGUACUUUUUUGAUAAGAGAUUUUUAAUACCGAAGGACUAUUUUAUUUUUCCAAAAGAUGUUUGCCACCAGUUUUACAUUACUAAAUGCUGAGACUAUACCAAAAAGCUUAUUUUCUAUAUGAUAUAGUUAUGAAUUAUACAUUCAGAUAUAUGUAAUAAUGUAUUUUAACCUGUGGAAAUAGCAUCAUGUCAAUAAGUGGUCGUAGAUAAUGACAAAUCAAAUGUUUCCCAGCAUUAAAAUGAAGCAGUGGUUCAUUUUUAUCUCAUGUUAAUGUUCAGUGAUAAAAGUUUGGACAAGUUCACAGUGAAUGCAAAUCAGACCUUUCUAAAGUAAAUAUCAUAAUCCAUUUUGUAAUACUAUUUUACACAUUGCCACACGAUUCAGUUCAAUAUGAUACUUAUAGAAUUAUCUGCUGAACUCAUUAUUCCCAGCCUUCCUUUUUCCUCUCAUUCCCAGCCUUCUUGCAGAAUUCAGUGCAUUAUAUGCCAGCCAAUUGAAGCUGUAAGUCUUUUUCUUUCCAUCUAUAUCAGAAAGAUCUCUGCUUUCCUGAAAGUAUCCAUAUUUAUGGGAGAAUUAUAGGAGGAAAAUGUAAAUGUUUCUGGUAAUAGGAAGUAAUCAACAUUAGCCUUAAGCUUUUUCCUUUGAAGUUGAAAGAUGUCAUAGUUCUUUGCCAUUCCAUACUAGAAAGAGGGAAGGUUUGUUUUUUGGUUUUGUUUCAUUUUUCUUUUUCCAUUUACCGUCACUUAAAAGUCCUUUUCAGAAAUCUGACUACUCAUAAGACAGUUUGAGUUCCCAACAGCAUUGAUUUGCAUAGAAAUGAUGUUUUGCCCUAGAGCUAAAAUUCUCCCAGGUACCUUUUCUCCUUUGAGUCAUAAGAAGAAAGAGUGGCUGAAAACAUUUUUGGUCCUUUAAGUGGUAAGAGCAGAGGGAGUCAUGUUAAGAGGAAAUUCAUUCACUGUGUAACUUAAAGAAUGCAAUGAUGGUGCAGGUUUUUGUUUUUGUUUUUUUACUUAACUUCUGAGGCAGUCUUCAAUCUUGCAAAAAUUUCAGGCUAUAAUGUAGUAAUUUGGAAUACUGUUUUUAAUGAGCUUUCUAUUAAAAGAUGAUAAAGUAUUUUUGAAAGAACAUAAAAAGAAAAUGGACUUUAUUUUUAAAGAUUGAGAAACUGAGUGAAAAGCAGAAUAUCAUGUUAAACUUCACUCAACAUGCAAUUUUUUCUUUAUGUUUUGCAUAUGGAGGUAAUGAAACCAGAAUAAUCCAAUUUUUCAGAAAGUUGUGAAACAUAGAAUCUAUAAUCAAGAGGACAGAGUCUUUAAGUUAUAAAAUGUA